CAAAACACAAAGAAAGAGAAAUUCAUUAUCAUCCUGUGACGAAUUAACUUGUACGAUUUUUCAAAAUGCGAAAUAAUUACUGUUUCCUUUUCUACCUUUGGAUCACUUGUUCCGUAAUUACCUCGGAAUCUUUGGGAUGCCAAAUUCCUGAAACAAUAAACUUGUCUAUUCACGAUGACUGGGAUGUCAACCUCAUACUUUGGUCUUCCGAUCCACAAUUCGGCACUAUUUCCAACGACACGGCCUUCCUCAUUGGACCGGACGGUUACGACCACACCUCCGUCUUCAAACCCGUGAUAAACAGAAAUCCCACGGAUGGCAGUUUCACCCUGAUUUUCGCUCCCGGAGACAAAUUUCCCGACUACGUUGACCUCCUCCCACCCCGAUCGAACCAGACAGACGCUCGUUUUUUCUACAUCUGCGACGGGGACGUGAAGCAGACCACAAUUCUUGCCACGUGGGUCGAUAAGAAUACCAGAGCUCCAGAAUUUGUCGUACGACCCGAGACCAGACUAAAUUUCACGAUUUAUCCAAAUUGGGACAAAACUCUCCCCCUGACAAACAAUGAGGAAGAACUAGUCCAAAUUUCCGACAAGGAUCACGAUUUUGUAAAUGCGAGGCCAAUCAUACUUUCCCCGAGCAGGGGGGACGUAUUCAGUUUCGUAAUGAGCCCCCUUUACAGGGAGGGUGACCCCGUUCCCCUCGAGUAUUUGACAAAUUUGCGAAUUUUUAUCAAAGAUGAUUACGAAUUAGUUCCUGGCACGAGUCUCGAUGUCGAAAUUACUGUUUCCGACGGAAUCAACAUGCCCUCAACGAGUUCCAUCAUAGUUACGCUUCAAGUCCAAGCUAUUCCCUGUCCGAGUGGAAAGUUACAGUUUUCGAGAAGUUAUUACUACCAUAAAUUUACCUCUUGGCCAAGGCAGAACACAUACUUUGAACCAAAUCCACCCAUUAGUUCGAGUAUUGUGGGGGGAGAGGGGGAAAUUUUGUAUUUUUUGAGAUCCACGGAUGUACAGUUUACCGAUUUCGAGGGAAUUGAUCCGAGGAUGGUAAUUUAUACGAGGGACGUUUCACCCGAUGAGGGAAAGCAAUUGUUGGUGGUGGAAGUCAUGGCGAAAGUGGGGGAUGAUUGUGGAAUGAAUGCGACGGUGGGAUUGAUAUUGGAGUAUCCUCCUAUUUGUGGUAUCAGUAUUUAAUUUAGUAUGUAUUAGAAAUAAUGCAUAUUUUUUAUAAAUUUUAUAAAUAAUUUAGUAUGAAACACUUGGACGGCAUAAGUUACGUACCUAAAUACACAAAUUUUAAGAAUUACUUAACUAAACUUGAA